CUUCCUCACCGUCCCGGUACGCGGCAGGUGCGGCGGGCGGGCCGCGGUGGGAGCGGUGCGGUACGAGUUGCCGUGCCGGGGGUGUGAGGGGAAGGGUGGGUAGGGUUGGGGGGGUGAGGAGGCAGACGGCCGGGACCGGCUCCGGUGGGACGGGUCAGGGGUCGUAGGGUCCGUGUUUCACCUUCAGCGCUUCCUUGGGCUUUGCCGGGGGGGGUGUAAUUAACGUUCCGAGAGGGAUUCUAAAAGGUGACUUAAUUACGUCUUGAUGUGAAGUACGCCGGCGUGUUUGGGUUCCGUUAGUGAGAAGGUGUGCUUAGAAAAACGACUGCCAGACCUUCCCCCCCUGCCCCGUGGAGAGCGGACAGGUCCCACUGCUGUAGGGGUGAAGAGUAGAAGCCAUACUGCGUGGCAGAGGGAUAGCUUGGGUAGUCGAAUGCGUUUCUUAUCUCUGAUUUCUUCAAAUAACCUGGUGUUUCAUUCUGAACCUAGAAAACACGCCCGGCGUAAGUAGACUUAUAAGAGGACAUGGGUUUUACUUGGGAAUUGUUGUCGGAGGCCUCUGUUUCGAAGUGGUCGUCGCUAAGUUGGUUGCUGAAGAGGAGUUCUCUGUAACUGAGGAAGAUCUUAGUGCAGAGAGACCCUUACAGUUAGACCUUAAUGGAAAAUGGGGGGGGGGGGGAGGUUGCACAGGGCUUGCAGUCAAAGGAUUAUUGAGUAUUUUCUUAACAAAAUACGUUGUACUUAUUUUUGUAGCUCUUUUCCCACUUUACGCAUUUCUUCAUGUGUGAAAAGAAACUUUACCCGUUUCUUCCUGUAUAAAAUUGAAAAAAAAUCUUGUAGGAAAGACCAAAGUCCUUAUCUUGUUUACACGAUGUGUUUUUUGCCUCAGGACCAUCUGUAGUCACGAUGUCACCAUCCAUAUGUGUACAAGAGAUAACAAGCAAGCUGAGAGAUGGUCCUAUGUUUACUGCUUACUGAUCACUGAAUCAGGAUUUAGUUUUUCCCCAAGUGAGACCAGUGAAUUUGCCAUUAUACCUCAUGAUUUAAGCAGUAGUGAGGAACUUAGACAAAUUCCUCAGCUUAAUUGUUGGCCCAGAACAUGUGUUAAGUAUGGCUUAACAAAAUUGGAAAGUAUCGGAAUAUAAUAAAAACCAGAGUUUGAUUUAAGCCAUCUCCUUCUUCUUCCAAUUUCAUGUAAAGAAUAAUGUUGAACUAUGUUAAUAGCAAAUUUGAUCCCUAUAAAAUCCCUGUUCCCACCUCUUGGGUGUUCCAGAGGUUUAGGGAUGUUGUGUCGAUAGGGGUUGCUGUAAUUAGUUGCCAUAAAGAGAAACAUCUUAUUGGUUCCUGUAUACCACUAUAAUAGGCCGUUUUGUUGUUUAAUGUAUGAAUAGUAGAAACAUAAUUUUCAGAGCUAAUUAAAGUUUUAGAUCACAUUUACAGCAACUUUAUAGUCUCAUCGUAACAUUCAGCAAAUCUCUGACAUGUCUGCUUUAUCUAUUUUCUUUUUGUCUUGUGUGUUCUGUUGGCAAUGGUUUCUAACAUAAAAAUGUGAUAAAUGCUUCUGCCUUUUUCAGCUGAUCACUUAAAAUGAUUAAACUUUGCAUUGUUCGUUGUUGCUAGGAAAAUAUUAGGAAAACCGUUGAGCGGGUUUUUUCCAUGUAUGAAGGACUUACACAGAAUCUGAGAAUCUAGAAGUUGUGCCUUUGCAAUUUCUUGUUUGUAUAACCGUUAGGCAUAUUUUCAGAAGAUAACCAUAUUGUUGUAUGACGAAACUUGUGUUUACUGCUGUUACAGAACAGAAAAACUUCUGCAUAUGUGAGCAAUAAAGCAGAAAUACAAAUUUAUUACUGCCAGAAUAUGUGCUGCUAAAAAUGUGUAUAUAGAUGCUGUCAUUUCAAUUUUCAGAAGAAAAUGCUGUCUUUUUAACUGCAGAAGAACAAGGCUUUGUCUUCCUGUAAUUCUGAAGUGAAAGUUGUCAUCAACAAGAAAACUAAAAGCUUUUAAAGAUAGGCAUUAGUAGUAGAAUGCUGAAACAAACUUCUGGAUUAGCUUCAUUGGCUUUCCUGCUUCUUUUGCAUCCCAAAGCAUAAGCUUAAAUCGUCUCAGAAGGACAAGGUCCGCCAGUUUAUGGCAUUUACCCAGGCUGGUGAAAGGACUGCUAUAUACUGCUUAAUGCAGAAUGAAUGGAAACUAGAAGUGGCAACAGACAACUACUUCCAGAAUCCAGACUUGUACUACAAAGAAUCCAUGAAAAAUUCAGUAGACAGGAAGAAAUUAGAACAACUGUAUAAUCGAUACAAAGACCCACAAGAUGAAAAUAAAAUUGGCAUUGAUGGGAUUCAACAGUUCUGUGAUGAUUUAAGCCUGGACCCAGCCAGUAUCAGUGUUCUGGUUGUAGCCUGGAAGUUCAGGGCAGCUACUCAAUGUGAAUUCAGUAAAAAGGAAUUUGUUGAUGGCAUGACAGAGUUGGGGUACUGCUGGAGGCCAGAAAGGUGUGACACCACAGAAAAACUAAAAGCUUUAUUGCCAAGAUUGGAACAAGAGCUAAAGGAUCCAAUGAAGUUCAAAGACUUUUAUCAGUUUACUUUUAACUUUGCUAAAAACCCUGGACAAAAAGGUCUAGAUCUAGAAAUGGCAAUUGCAUAUUGGAAUUUAGUCCUGUCAGGAAGGUUUAAAUUUCUAGAUCUUUGGAAUAAAUUUUUGUUGGAACAUCAUAAAAGAUCAAUUCCAAAAGAUACUUGGAAUCUUUUGUUAGACUUUGGAAAUAUGAUUGCAGAUGAUAUGUCCAACUAUGAUGAAGAAGGAGCGUGGCCUGUUCUUAUAGAUGAUUUUGUGGAAUAUGCACGACCAGUAGUUACAGGAGGAAAACGUAAAACUUCAUAACCCCAGACUUGUCAAUAUGGACUAAACAUGCGCUCUGAAGUGCAUUAGGUAAUGAAGAUUUGUUGACUGAUGACUGUGCACAUUGUUGCUGGUUUCAGUGGUCGUGAUGAGAUUCUGCAGACAAAACUGAAAUUCUUCCUUUCUGCCUAAAGAAAGUAAUGGCUGACUUGUGGACGCUUCAGGAACAAACUCGGAAGAUAGUCCAGGCUGUUUGUAGGCUAUUGGCUUCAAUUAUUGUACUGGUUGUAUCAUAUAGGAUGUAGAUUUUGCAUGAUUUUAUACUUUGGAGAAGUUUAACUAGAGGCCAUUUUAUUAAAGUUUUGACAGCACAGCAUGCCAUUCAGUUCAUGAUCCAAAGUGAACACCAGCAGUUACAUAAAUAAAACUGUAUUAUAUUGUACUUAUAUUAAAAGCAGUAUUUGUGGUAUAUAAAUUAAAUCCCUAAAUAAAAACUUAUGCAGUAUGUUGUAUUUUUAUAAAAGUUAGUUCCGUGGAUCUGUCCUAAUACAGAAUUGUA